AAGAGCCCUGCUUGAAGUGCGCGUCCUUUCGUCAAUACAACUCGGCCGACCAAUUUGGUGUACGUUUAUACGCGGUAAUUUAGUUUGGAAAACUAUGGACCCAGGUCAUAAACGGCAGAUGGUAGAGAAUCUAUUCCUAACGUUCGCGACCAAGCAGGCGGAACUGUUCAAGCAGUACGAUGCGAACCGCAAGAAGCGUUCCAAGAUUUUCCUCCAGAGGUUACGCUACCAGCUGAAGCGAAACGGCGAAUCCCACCGGAAGGAAUGGAGCAGCAGGCUAGAGUCCGAGCUGCUGGACAGCAUACCGACGCGCAAGAUCUGGAAGCUGAGCCGCAAUGAUCGGUGGUUCCGGGAGAAGUUCCAGCAGGAUAGCAAUGAUCAGGAACUGUUACACCAUUUUCGGAUGGAUCGUGGAAUGUUCGAUACGCUGGUGGCUAUGCUGAGUUCAGAUUUGGCACCGCACCCACUACUGGCGGCCCAGUCCUGCAGCACGGAGAAAAAGGUUGGCAUAGGCUUGUACAAGCUAACGACCGGAGCUGAUUACGCGACGAUUGGGAAUCUGUUUGGCGUGCACAAAGCGACUGUGAAAAACUGCGUGCACCAGUUUUGCAAAUCGAUGGUAAAGAAUUACAUGGAUUCGGAGAUCUAUUUGCCCGAUCACGAAGAGAUGGGCGAGAUUAGUAAGGGCUUUGAGGAGAAAUGCGACAUACCGAUGAUUAUUGGUGCGAUGGGUCGGAUACAUGUGCCAAUAAUGCCGUCGCUGGCCGAUUCGAAGAAUUACAUCAACCCGAGAAAAUGGCCUUCCUUGAUUUUGCAAGCUGUUGUGGAUAACAACCACUGUUUUAGGCACAUUACCUGCGGACAUGUCGGUGGAACCGAGGACAGUGUCGUGUUGGGAGAUUCCGGGCUGUAUCAGCAUUUUGAUAGUGCAGAAAUGCCAAGUCAGAGCAUCAAUGGCACCACGGUAAAAUCGUUCAUCGUGUCAGAAUCGACGUACCCACUGCUUCCCUGGCUACAGCACGGUUAUGUCCAACCGCAAACAACAGAAGAGGAAACAUUCAACGAGCAUCUCAACAAAGCACGCAUUUGCGUGGACGAAGCGUUCGAAAAGCUGCGCGUACGGUUCCGGAUACUGCAGCGAAAGAUUGAUAUCGAUAUCAACUUCGUGCCGCAGAUCCUGCUGACUUGCUGCAUACUGCACAACAUCCUUGAAAAGAACCAAACUCCAAUUUUUGAAGAAUGGAAGGAUGCGCUGCUAGAGAUGCGUGGAAAGUAUCCGCAGCCGGACGGUGCCGCCAGUACGAAAUACACAACCACUGUCGAGGGCGAAUCCUUGCGCGAUGUGUUGAAGGAGCACCUGCAGUCAAAGUAUGUUCUGUACCGGACGAUUGAAUACAACCAGGUGUAUUUCAUUAAUGAAGGGACAAACUAAUG